AUGAAACACUUGAAUUUAUAUAUGGCACCUGCAUACUUUUUCUUUUUACUAUUUGAUUUCUGUUUAGCUGAUGGAAAAGUUACAUCAUUUAUUAAGAGAAUCUUUGGAUUAGGAAUUUCUGUAAUUUCAGUAUUUCUACUUAGCUUUUUACCAUUCCUUCUUAGCUCUUCCUCUCAAUUUGAUAACAAAAUUGAUGGUAUGAAGAGUGAAUUCCAACAAAUUAUGUCAAGAUUAUUCCCAUUUGAGAGAGGUUUGACACACGCCUAUUGGGCUCCAAACUUUUGGGCUCUUUACAAUACAUUGGACAAAUUAUUGACAGUAGUAUUAGGAAAAGUACUCAAGGUUGUAGCUAUUGAUGAAAAGACAGCCUCCUUAACAGGUGGUUUAGUAGGUUUGAAUCAAGGUACCCAUACCAUUUUGCCAAGUAUUACUCCUCUCAUUACUAUCAUUCUUUGUUUGGGAAUUUCAUUCUCAGUUUGUUUUUAUCUGAUUGUACUUUCUGGAAAGACCAAGAAGAAGGGAGUUCAGACAAUCUUGUUAGCCAUUGUCCACUCUGUUUAUGCUUUUUAUAUGUUCGGAUGGCAUAUUCAUGAAAAGGCAGUCCUAAGCAUUUUAAUUCCACUUUCUGUCUUGGUUACCUGUUUCUCCUCAUCGGAAUUAUCUAGAGAGUGGUUCAGAGUAUUUUCAUUCACAUCAAUUGUAGGAACAUUCUCACUCUUCCCCUUACUUUUCCAAACUAAGGAAAUUCCAAUUAGAUGGACAGUAUUAAUAUCAUUUGUUUUAUUUUUGAGACACAUUUGGUAUUCCGUACCAGAAUUCAACAAUAGUGGAAGAUUAUUCUCCACAUUCGAAAGAUUAUUCUUGUAUGGAUUGAUUCUUAUUGAAAUUUAUCAAGUACUCAUUCAUCAAUUCAUUUUCUCUGAUAGACUUCCAUUCCUUCCUCUCAUGAUUGUCUCAUUCUACUGUGCAGUGGGUUUACAUUAUUCUUGGCUAAAGAUAUUUAGCAUAUCCACAUUUUCUAUAAAAGAAAAGAGCAAUUAA